AUGGUUAGCAGCUCUAAGGGCCAGUUGGUGUUGAGCGCCGGUCACGUUUUCUACGAGAUGCUACAACUGGUGGACGAGGGAGAUGUUGUGCGAUUUGUUGCGUUCUUUGACCAGUACCCAGUGUUUCGCUAUCCUCCACGGCUAAAAUUGCUACAGUUGGAAUGCGCAAAUUGUAAACAGUUCCAAAAAGGACAGAACUCUCAUCUUCGUCUGAAGAACUCGAAAAUGAGGAAGACUGGAUUGUGGCAUCAAGUCUUCGGAGCCUUCAAAUUCGGUUUUAAUUUUGUUUUUGCACCUGUAGUAAGAAUGAAA